AUGAAUUUCCCAACCUUUCUAGUGAAAUUAAUGUUCAACAAAGAGUCUUCGAACAUGGAUAGUCCAACUGCUACGUCGUGUGACGGAACGUCAAGCUUGGGCGCUGGCACUGUUGCGCCCCCUCCAACUCCCGAAACUCCACCACCUCCUUCGCCUCGUUUACCACCGCCUCCUCCACCUCCUACACCUGUGACUCCACCAUCACCCAGUACUCUGACCCCUUCGCCUUCAUUAUCCCUAACUCCUUCCCCUCCAUCAUCCGCGACUCUUACCUCUAGCCCUCGGAUGUCUACGUCUACUUCCUUCAAUUCAAGUACCUCUACGACGGUGUUAAUUGUGACCACUGCGACUGCGGCUGCGUCGACUUCAACUACGUCGUCGACCUUCCUGAGAUCAAUCGCUUCCGGAAUGACCAACCUUAUCUCCAACUUCGCCGGCUAA